UAAAACUUUGAAACAAACUAGGUCUAAACAGUUUAUUUUUAAAGAUGAGUUGAACUUAAAAAUAAAAUUUCAAAAUACUCAGACCAAUUACAAUUAUAAAAUUCGUGUCGUAUCGUCUUCAAGCGUUUCGCUUCAAGAUAAAAGCAAUUUUUAAAUUUUAUUUCGUACCAACUCGUUUUUAGUAAAAGUGGUUGAUGGUGAAUUAGAUAGAGCCGAAACUGAGUGAACAAUAUCAGCAAUAUUCUUCAUAACUAUCAAUGCCCAAAUUAUCAACGCAGCCAUUUGGUCAAAUUAUGCCAGCGAAGAAAAAUGUAGUGGACCUUCAGGACUGAAAUAUUUAUCAGGUGAUGCACUAAGAGAUUCACCAAACUGCGUGGGACCAAACAAUGCCCCGUAUCCUAGUGCAGCUGUUGCGAGGACAUUUUCAAACUGGAAUGGAAAUUCAAGAAGAGGAAGACAAAACAAAAUGCCAACUACACUUGAUCCAGCAAUUACAACAAGUGCUCUCCUGAAAGCCUAUGAUCAUGCUAAUAAUGAGGACGAGCUUCCCAGUGGUCGAUAUGGUCGAGCAAUCAACGAUUCACCAUCAUCACAAUGCAGGGGUACACCAGCCCGUCUAUGUAAAACACGCUACAACACUACAGCUCCAAUGUACGGUGUAAGUCUUACAUCAGGUCAACCAGUUACCAUUGUCCAAAAGUUCCCAGAUCUUUUGCAGCAAGUUGUCUUCGAAGUAUGCGAAUCAUCUGAAUGUGAUGUGGUUCGUGGAGAAUGCACACAAACGUAUGUCCCCUAUUUGUUCUUAGUGAUUCCUCUGGGUCCCGUAACACUGACAGGUCAGGAUUAUGUGUUAGUUGAAAGUGGAUGUGUUUGCAAACCUAAAUACUCAACGGGAGCACCACAAGAACCAAAUAUGAUACCAUAGUUUUCUUAGGACAUAAGCUUAAUUUAUUUGUUUGUUUAAAAAUUAAAAUUAAACAGAGGUCCAUAUUAUUAUAUUUAUUUCUUGCUUAUCAGAAAAAAAAAAAAAAAAUCAAAAACACCAAAUUGACAAACUGAUUUCGAUUCCAGUGCGCAUUUUGUGUAAAAUUUAAAUGCAACAUUCAUAUUAUGUCUCACUGUCACAUUUUCUCUGUCAUACAAACGGUCAUUAAGACUGAAAAUUUAAAUUUAUCAAUUAGGAUGGAAUUUUAAUGAAAACAAAAAAUUAAAGGCAUAA